UUUGAGCGUACAUGAAAAAAAAUUACAAAUUCGAAAGAGCACAAAGAUUGCCAUAUUCCCAGGCAAUUUUUACAGUCUACAAGUAAUCUAGAAAAGUAAGAACGCAGCCAUGCCACGUCGUUAUCAUGGAAAUGCCGCAUCCAUAGCAAUGCUGCGCAAGAUGAGGCACGACACCUACAACGGCAUCAACAUCCACAAAAUUAGCAGCCACAAAACUAAAGAGAAAACCAACAAAAGCAAAAGCGCCAGUGGCCCCGCCAGCGGCUCGAAAAACUCAAAUGAGAAAAAGUCCAGCUCUGAAAAAGCCGAAGAAUCUAUCCAGAAGCCCAAACAGCUGCCAAAGCUGGCAAAGCAGGCAAAGCUGCCGCAGCUGCUGGCAAAGAAGACUUCGCUUUCGUUCAUUUUCAAGAAGCCGACACUUGUCCCGGCCUUAAUCCGUGCCCCGAAGAAGGUGCCAAGGUGCGACCUGGAGCAGCUUGAACAGCAGCCGAACCCCGACCAGAUCUAUUUGCUUGACGACCUGCAUUCAUUCGAUGACGAGGAGCUGACCUGUGGCAUUGACUUUGGCCCAGAGUCGUUCCAUGAGUCGACUUUUGAGGAGACACUCUGCAACAAUGCAUCAUUCGGCGACCUGGGGCCAUUCUGUGACCUGCUUUCACUUUCCGACCAGGUGGCUCCACUCUGCAACAAUGCAUCACUCGGCGACCUGGGGCCAAUCGGCGACCUGGGGCCACUCGACGACCAAGGAUCAUUCUCUGACCCCGAAACAAUCUGUUACCGCCCACAGGAUUUAAUUAAUGACCAGAUGCCAGCCUUCAACGAGGUUCCACCCUUCAACGAGGAACCUGCAACCUGCAACCUGAAGCCACGCGGCGACAUGGAGGCAAUCUUCAAACUGCCAUACUAUAUCAUCGAUCCGAAAUAUGCCCAGUACCAGGAGCCAAAAGCUGCAGAAAAGCCAAUCAGUGAUGGCUACCCGCCAGAGUCGUCUGACGGCCAGGGAUCGUCACGCAAGGCAGUGCCCAACGAUACCUUCGCCUUUAUGUUUGGCCACAGUGCGAAAGACUGGGAGCUAAAGCUCUUUCCAGAGCUGUACCACCGCAUGCCGACACUGCCCUCGUAUUCGGAUAUCUUCGGACAGCCCUCUUAUGAGCCCCAUCGUACGGCGCCCACGGCACCUUCCCAGAGCGAAGGCAUUCGGAGCAAUGCCGAUGGGGUGUUUACUAACAUUCCCAGUUCCAUGAUCCUAGAUCAAUAUGGGAUUGUGGGUCUACUCGCGGCCAUGCGGGCUACCCACACCCAUCCGGAGACUACCCGACUGGUGUUUGGGGAAGAUCUGACAAAGCUCGGCCUGGAUCUGGCUUCAACGGACGAGAUCUAUGUGAACUUCAAUGGACCCUUCACCACCAAGCCGCCACAAAGGAAGCCAAUGCAGAUGCACCAGGACAAGGCAUCGGACGACGACUUCGCCUAUAUGCGGAAAGAGGAUCAAGAGACCGGAGCUGAUUAGGCAUGAGCUUGACAACCUGAUCUGUCCACAUGUCCACAUCAAGAUCUGAGACUCAUAUAUAAAUUUAAAUGUCUAUACCAU